AUGGUUUCAUGGAGAGGUCUUUCUACCUCAUCUCUUUUGAUACUAAAACAGUUGCUUAACUUUGGCCAUCCCAUGCAAGAUAUAAUAAACUUGAAAGUGUUUUGGGAAAUGAUGACUUUCUAUGCGAAUGGGGUAUCGGUACUGAUGCCCGGAGACGAUAUUCCGACAUUCAUAGGUCAUCCAGCGCCCGUGCCUUGUCCUCCACAACACAUGUCACAGUCUCAGCAUCAACAUAGCUCACCAAGAGAUUCCUCCAACUCAAACUCCAUUCAAGAAUGUUGA